CGUUUCAUUGCAUGAAGACCGGUUUGUGUCCCUAUCAGCUUUCUACCUUAUAAUAUCUGGGGCUCAUAUGGUCCCAAGAAAGGGCACCCCAGUGGGGGCCCUACUCUCCCUUGUACAUUGAAUCAAACCCCCCCUCUCUCUUUCGCCGCGUCAUCCAGGCCGAUUGGUGGUCUUUGGCGACUCUGACACCCCGUUGCCCCCAAAAUCUCGCCUAUAAGAAAAGAAAAAGCUCGACUUGGAUCUCGCCCUGAGAGCGUCGAGUUGGCUUCUCAUGCCGGCAUUUUCGAUCCAGAUAAGUCCAAUAAUCAUCUGUUUGUAAGUCGAAUUUGAUUUCCUUGCCUUUUUGUUUUGGGUUUUCUUGGAGUUUCGAUCUUGCUAUUUGUGGCGAAGCUGGAAUGGCAAACUUAUGACGGUAGCAGUUUUCGAGCUAAAUGAAGAAGAUUUGGCGGUGAUUUUGAUCGAUUUUCUCUUUUGUCUUGCUUAAAUUCGGGAUUUUUAUGAUUUUGGCGCACUAUCCUAUUUUUGUUUAGGGUUUGACCUAAGAUUCAGGUGGUUCUUAUUGAGGUUCUUACAUUGUUGGGGUGAAACCAGCUGGAGAUUCAGAAAGGUGGAACCUUAAUGGGUUUAUUUUAUAUCCUGGGGGUUUGUACAGUUUUGAAGACCCAUAGCUUCUGAGACUUGAAAUUUUAAGUUGUUAUGAAGAAAAAGUUAAGGCGAAGGUGGGAUCUUUUUCAAUAAAGCUGUCUAAUUUGAGCCCAGAAAAGGGGGGAAAAAAGAAGAAGUUGUAGGAUUCAAUCUGUUCCAAUCUUUUGUUCCGUGAUAGUGGAUGCGAACAAAGUUAUUGCAGGGAAAUACUGCUGUGACCACAGAUGGAGGGUAAUUUACCAACCAGUAACAUGAUGCCUUAUGGUGUUCUGGACUUGCAAGGUUCCAUGCACAUGCAUCAUCAACACCACCCACAAGCAACCUUCCAUCAUCACCAGCAACAGCCAAGCAGUGCUCAACAUCAGGGCUCAAUGAUUCAGCCACCGAUGCAUGAAGUUUUCCAGCUAACCGUCAACCAGAUGCAGGAUUGCAAUCAGCAACCAGCAGUUCCUGUCACGGACUACAAUAAGGGAGAGCAUGGUAAAGCCUCCUUGAGUGACGAUGAUGAUCAGAACUUCACGGAGGAUGGAGUCGACGGGCAGAAUGAAGCUGGAAAUGGGAAAAAAGGCUUUCCGUGGCAGCGGAUGAAGUGGACUCGUGCAAUGGUUAGGCUCUUGAUAACUGCAGUUUCCUACAUAGGAGAAGAUGCCAUGUCAGAAUAUAACAGUGGUGGGAGGAGGAAGUAUACCCUAUUGCAGAAAAAGGGGAAGUGGAAGGCAAUAUCAAAAGUGAUGGCAGAGAGGGGCUGUUAUGUUUCACCUCAACAGUGUGAAGACAAGUUCAAUGAUCUCAACAAGAGAUAUAAAAGGCUUACAGAUAUUCUUGGUAGGGGCACAUCUUGCAAGGUGGUGGAGAAUCCAGUUCUUUUGGAUCAAAUGGACAUCUCUGACAAGCUGAAGGAAGAUGCGAGGAAAAUUUUGAGCUCGAAGCAUCUGUUCUAUGAGGAGAUGUGCUCAUAUCAUAACGGGAAUCGGUUGAAUUUACCUCAUGAUCCUGCACUUCAUCGGUCAUUGCAGCUGGUUCUCAGAAGUAGAGAGGAGCAUGACAUAAGGAGGGCUGUGCAUGAGGAUAUUGAUGAAGAUGAUCAAAGCGCAGACACUGACAAUGAAGAAGAUGAUGCUGAAGAGCAUACUGUAUUGCAUGGUGAUAUUGGGGGAUCGUGCAUUCCGAAAAGGAUCAAGCAUUUGGUGGACCAUGAAGAAGUUGGUUUUGGAAACCCUUCAGGGUCACAGGAUUGUACAAGGCGGCUUCAUCCCCAAGGCAUGUCUGUGGAUAUGAACCAAGUACUUCCCGAAGGAUCUACUGUUGCUUGGGGGCAGAACAACACGAUGAGUUCUCGUUCACUUCAGCUGGAAGACCAGAGACUGAAUAUUCAACUUCAGAUGCUGGAGCUUGAAAGGCAACGGUUCAAGUGGCAGCGAUUUAGUAAGAAGAAAGACAGAGAACUGAACAAGAUGAGGAUGGAGAAUGGAAGGAUGAAGCUCGAGAAUGAAAGGUUGGCACUGGAGUUAAAGCGCAAGGAGUUCGAGAUUGAUCUUAAUAUGAAGAGAAAUCAGUGAUGCAUGAUUAUUUGAAGAGAGUUGUGUAAUUUAAGCUUUAGAUAUAGUAUGCUGUAGCCUAUAACUAAAGCAUUCUCCUAGGUGGAAUCUUUGUUUUGUAUUUCUCAAAACUGAAUACAUUAGUUGGGUCAUUCUAUUAAACUUGUGAACAUGUGCCAUGCUAUUAAACCUUUAUUUCCUUGUCACAUGGACAUGAAAAAGUUUCUAUCUCUACCGUCACAGACAGAGUGAUUGCUGUUCUGCAGGCAAAAUGAAUGAGCUCUUGGAUUUGUUAUUUC